AUGCAGGCAAAAAUGGCUGGCUACAGGGACCUACAGAACGUACCAGUGGUUUCACUAGCCGCCAUUGUACUUGCAUUCUCCUACUUCAUCUUGCUUUCAUUCCAGCGUGGGAAGCUCCAGGCGCCCCUCGCCGCUGGACAUCUUAACCAAAAAGAACGCCAGAAGAAGUUCCUUGGAGACGCCAUGACUCUCAUUCAGGAUGGCUAUGCAAAGUUCAAGAACGGUCUUUCUAUGUACCGCUUGACCACAUCGGACGGAAGUGAGACGGUCAUUCUCAGCCCAAAGUACACCGCCGAGCUCAAAAACCUGGGAGACGAUGCACUUAGUUUCAACACUGCGGUGGAAAAAUCUCUUGCUGGCAGGUAUUGUGGCAUUGGCGACAAGGAUGUCCCUGUCGCUAUCCAUGUGAUCAAAGCGGACCUCACUCCCGGCCUCCCUCGCCUCAUGCCCGUGAUCUCCGAGGAAAUCGAUCUGGCGCUUAAGAGAGUCCUACCACCUUCUGAUGAUUGGACACCCGUUGUCGUUUACUCGAAGCUGCUGGACAUCGUCGCCCAAGUCUCCGCACGUGUAUUCGUCGGCGAACCACUCUGCCGCGACCCGCGCUGGCUGCAGCUCUCCAAGGACUACACCCUCAAGGCAUUCCAGGCUUCCCGCGCAAUCAAGCAAUGGAAGCCGUGGAUGCGGCCCCUGGUUCACAGAUUCGUUCCGGAAAUGCGCGAACUCUACAGGGUCAAGGCCGAAGCCAUCGAAUUCAUGAAGCCCGUGUCCCAGGGACGCCAGGAGGCCGAGACCAAGCGCGACGACUUCACCGAGUGGAUGAAGCAGAAGUCAAGCCCCGAAUUCGCCAAGGCAUACGAGGAGCAAGCCUAUGUUCAGAUACAGCUAGCAUUGGCCGCCAUCCACACGACCACCAUGAGCGUUACCCACAUGAUCUACGAUUUGGCGCAACACCCUGAGUGCGUGGAGCCGCUGCGCAAAGAGCUCGGUUCCGUUCUCGCCGAGACGGGCGGGUACCAGCGAGAGACCAUGGCCAAGCUCAAGAAGCUCGAUAGCUUUAUGAAAGAAUCUCAGCGUUGCAACCCGCCGGGACUUACUUCAUUCAAGCGAUACUGCAAACGCGACAUCACGCUUUCGGACGGCACCUUCCUGCCCCAAGGCACCAUCAUCGAGAUCGACAGCUCACAGGUGUAUUUCGACCCAGAGCACUUCCCGAAUCCCGAGACCUUCGACCCUUCCCGCUUCCUCCGCCUGCGCUCCGAGGGUGACAAGAACUCGCACCAGUUCGCCACCUCCAACGUCGACUACCUGCACUGGGGUCAGGGCCGCCACGCGUGCCCCGGCCGCUUUUUCGCCAGCAACGAGAUCAAGACCAUCCUCUCCAAGCUUCUGCUCAACUACGACUUCCAGCUCGCCGACAAGGAGGCAGGAAGGCCGAAGAACUUCGUUUUUGGAACUUCUAUUAACCCUAACCCCAUGGCUGAAGUGCUGAUUAGAAGUCGUGGGACCGAUUAG